AUGCUCUUCCUGGGUUAUUCGAAUGCAGUUCUGGUGAACCCAACGUGCGCGCCGAACGGGUGCGGCCAACCAGUGCAAGAAGCCAAGCAGAAUAAUUGGCAGUGCAUCUGCCUGAAUGUUACUGACGAAUCUGGGGAGAUCUUAGACUGCAGAUGCGAAGGCUUGUCAUUGAAUAGAGUUCCACAAAAGCUUCACACGGGUUUACACAAACUCACAUUAUUCAACUGCGGCUUGAAAAUGCUACGACGUAGAGGUCUGCAGCCGUACAGUGCUACGCUUAUGGACAUAAUCAUAACAGACAUGCCAUAUUUUGAAGAAAUUGAAGCAGGAGCGUUCAGUAAUAUCGCUUUGUUAAGAACAAUAUACAUUUCUCAUGCUCCUGAGUUACAUAAUAUAUCAAGGCAUGUGUUUCAAGGAGUCUCGCAUACCUUAAAAUCUCUGCGUAUCAUGUACACUGGACUUGAUCACAUUCCAGAUAUGAAUUUGAUGCACGGAGGCAAUAUAUUGCAUAUCAUAGAUUUUGAAGGAAAUAGAAUAAGACGAAUUGAAAAUGAAGCUUUUCGAGUUAUUGCAGAACAAUUGAUACUAGAUCAUAAUCCAAUAAAUUGGGUGGGAGAUCAUGCAUUUUCAGGGUCACAAAUAGGAAAACUGAGCUUCAAAGGAAACAAAGAGAUCCGUCAACUACAACCUAAGACUUUUAGUGGAAUAAUGCAAAUAAGAGAAUUAGAUUUAUCAUAUACUUCCUUGGAAGCACUACCUCCAGAAGGCUUGGAAGGAUUAGAAAUCCUUAGAAUAGAAAAUACGCCAACACUUAAAGUUAUUCCUAGCAUUUAUCAUUUAAAGAGCUUGAGACAAGCGCAUUUAACAUAUGCAUUUCACUGCUGUGCUUUUCAAUAUCCAGCAAGACAUGAUCCGAUUCUUUAUGCUCAGAGAGUUGCUUAUAUAGAACGGGCCCGAAGAUUUUGUGACAGUGCCGAAGGACGAGCACUUACAGAAGGAAAUGAAACUAAUUUAGAUGCUUCUACAAUAAGCGAUUUUGAACUUUGGAAUGCUAUCGGACGAAGGCAAAAGCGAACAGUUAUACAUUUUGACCCGGAGCAAGCUGGGAAAGAUCACGUUGUUUCGGGGGCCAAAAAUAUAAACCAUCAUUUUGCCGGACAGUUUUCGCAUAACCAAAAUCAUAUUAACGAAAACGAAAAUGACAAAAAUGGUUUCUAUAAAACAAACAACGAUUUCGUGAUACCCGAAAAAUCCGGUGAGUCCGUUAAUGUGUGGUCGUCGGAGUCAUCUUCAUCAGAGAAUGGUGCUGAUUCUGGAAUGGAUUUUGGAGUUUUUCACGAAAUGACCACAGAAAUCGGAGUUGUCGGCCUUACUGCUAUUUGUGGAAACUUAACAGAAUCAUCACCACCAGUAAGGUGUAAGCCUAAGGCUGAUGCAUUAAAUCCUUGCGAAGAUGUAAUGGGAUCUUCAUGGCUUAGAAUCAGUGUUUGGUUAGUGUUGUUUAUUACGAUUUUGGGUAAUAUCUCAGUUUUGGUGGUGUCGCUCUGCAGUGGUGGUGAACAAUCUGUCUCCAGAUUUUUGAUGGUUCAUCUUGCACUUGCUGACCUCUGCAUGGGAUUAUACCUUCUACUCUUAGCUUGUAUUGAUGCCCAUUCGAUGGGAGAAUUUUUUAAUUAUGCCAGCGACUGGCAGUAUGGUGCCGGUUGCAAAGUGGCAGGUUUUCUAACAGUAUUUGCUGCUCAAUUGUCAAUUUUUUCUCUAUCAGUAUUAACGGUGGAACGAUGGAUGGCCAUAACCAGGGCCAUAUAUUUGGAAAGGCGUUUGGAUAGUAGGAUGGCCUAUCGCGCAAUGGCUUGUGGUUGGUUAUAUUCUUUAUCAGCAGCAAUUUUACCUCUUUUUGGGAUAAACAACUAUUCAUCCACUAGCAUAUGCCUUCCUAUGUCCACGGAGGACAACGCUGAUAUGGCCUAUAUCGUAGUUCUGCUGGUCGUGAACGGCCUGGCCUUCGUGCUGGUUGCCCUGUGCUACAUACAAAUCUAUUCGUCACUAGGAGGAGGUGAAAACGGAGUCAGGAGCGAAAUGCACGUUGCGAAAAAGAUAGCACUUCUGGUUUUUAUUUAUUUCGUGUGCUGGGCCCCGAUCGCAUUCUUUGCCAUCACUGCCAUAGCAGGAAAGCCCCUGAUAGACGUAUCGCAUUCGAAAAUAUUGCUAGUGUUUUUCUACCCGUUGAAUUCUUGCGCCAAUCCGUUCCUGUACGCCAUUCUAACAAAACAGUACAGGCGAGACGUAACAUUGAUGUUAAUCAGACAUGGACUCUAUCAGAAGAAUAACAGAAGUCGAACAACCUUCUCUUUGCAAACUCUCAACAACUCUAAUGGUCAACCUUUACCACUUAUACAAAAGCCCUCGGACCAGACCCCAAGAAAUAGCGAUGUGCCCAAUCAAGAAGAAACCUUUUUGUGA